AUGGAGAAGUUGCAUCCCAAGACCUUCUCCUUCCACUUCCGCAACCUGGAAUUUGCCUAUGGUCGGAACUGCUCCUACAUCUGUUACCGAGUGGAAGGAAGGUUGAGCGGCUCACCUGGCCUCUCUGAACAGGGGGUCUUUCUAAAUGAGGUCUGUGGCAAGACUCGCUGCCACGCAGAACUCUGCUUCCUCGAUUGGUUCCGCGUCAGGCUGUCCCCUGACGAGUAUUACCGUGUCACCUGGUUCAUAUCCUGGAGCCCCUGCUUCUACUGUGCCAGGGAGGUGGCCGACUUCCUGAAGCAGUACCGGAACGUCAAGCUGAGCAUCUUUGCCGCCCGCCUCUACUAUUGCCGAGACCAUGCGCAGGGCCUUCGGAGCCUGUGCAGCAGUGGGGCCCAGCUGGCCAUCAUGUUCUUCUGGGAUUUCAGAUACUGCUGGGACAACUUUGUGCACAACAGUGGAAGGGAAUUCAGACCUUGGAAAAAGAUUAAUGUAAAUUCUCGUCUCCUGGCCACAAAGCUUGAGGACAUUCUCAAGUGA